AUGUACUCCAUCUCCAAAUUGGCUAGCGACACCUUCGACAUCCCGCAACUGGCCCGAUUCGACAGACUCGAGAGAACACGCCGUCUCGAUGAGGUCUUGGGCUUGGCUUCCACAUCCCGCGGGCGUUUGCGUGACGACCUGCGGCUCGCGCCUGACUGCAGGACCCUAUCAAUGUUCGAUUUCGUUUCGCUGGUCAGUUUGAUCGUGCGCACGCUGCCCGGGAAAUGGUUUCCAAACCCACCGUUUGUGUCGGCUGUGUGCUCGUCAAAGUUCACCAGCUCGUGUAUUCGCCGCAACGUCUGCUCGUCCACCUCUGUAUCUGUUUCUCCUUCCAAAUCCUUGCGUAGUAGGUCAAUUGUAUGCUCAGACUCCUGGUCUGUGUCUUUCGAGGGCUCCUCAACAGCUUGGUCCAAUUCCUCUUCUGGGCCCUCUUCUGGGCUAUCAUCAAAACCAGGUCCGUUCAAUAGGAAAAUAAGCCCCGGAUGCACCAUCGGCGCCAUGUGCGGCUGCGAACUAAUCAUCACGGGUGAAUAUUUCGUAUGCAACACUAUUGUUAUUAAUUUCAGAUAUAUAUAUCUCUGCAAUUUUGUACUUAGUUACUUUUUUGCUGGUUUCCUUUUUAUCAUGACGUCGCAAAUCCCGGAUUCCAUCGUCCAUUUGCUCAAGAGUGCCAACUUUAUCCAUUUAGGCACCUGUUCCAAUAAUGUCCCCCAUGUCAGUUUAAUGAACUUCACUCUAAUCACUCCCGAGGACAAGUACAAUGGUCAGCCUGGCGACGAUUAUUAUUUGCUCAUAUCCACUCCGAAAGACACUCAAAAAUACAAGAAUCUGAGUGUUAACCCACAGUGCUCCAUUCUGGUCCACGAUUGGACUACCUCCAAGGCCAGCGGUAGUGCUGGAGACGGUCAGUUGCUCAAUUUCUUAAAAGAGCUAAAUCAGUCGCAGCUCUGCGACUUGAGUUGCAAUCUUAAUGGAUACGUCGAAAAGACUUUGGACCAGGCAACAAGCUCUCCAGAAGCAGACUACUACAAGGACCUACAUUUGAAGAGCAACCCUGAUGCUAAGCCGUUUAUUGAAAAACCAGGAAACGUUUUGCUUUUGCUCAGAAUCGAGCUUUCCAAAGUGGUGGACUCCAAUUUCAAUAUUUCCAAUUACAGUUGA